AUGUGGGUGGCCCUAAGCAUGCUCUGGCUCCUCACUCUUGGGGGACCUCACCAGGCCUGGAGCUUCUGCCCCUCUCAAUGCAGCUGCAGCCUGCACAUCCUGAGUGACGGCAGCAAGACCAGGACAGUGGUGUGCAGCGACCCUGACUUGACCCUGCCCCCAGCUUCGAUUCCUCUGGACACCUACAGGCUGCGCCUGGAGCGAACCGCCAUCCGUAGGGUGCCUGGAGAAGCCUUCAGGCCUCUCAGCCGCCUGGAGCAGCUGUGGCUGCCCUACAAUGCUCUCAGUGAGCUCAGUGCCCUUAUGCUCAGGGGACUGCGCCGCCUACGAGAGCUGCGUCUGCCUGGGAACCGACUGGUCACUUUCCCCUGGGCUGCACUCAGGGACACUCCACAGCUGCAGCUGCUGGACUUGCAGGCCAAUCGCCUCUCAGCCUUGCCACCCGAGGCUGCACACUUCCUGGAGAACCUUACUUUCCUGGACCUCUCCAGCAACCAGCUGAUGAGGCUUCCCGAGGAGCUGCUGGACAUGUGGGCUCACCUGAAGACCGGGCCCUUUCUUUCUGGCCAUCAUGCCAGGCUAGUCUUAGGGCUUCAGGACAACCCCUGGGUGUGUGACUGUCGGCUCUAUGACCUGGUUUAUCUCCUAGAUGGCUGGGCUUCAAACUUGGUCUUCAUUGAGGCUAGACUGAAGUGUGCCAGCCCACGCAGCCUAGCUGGAGUGGCCUUCAGCCAGCUGGAGCUGAGAAAGUGUCAGAGCCCAGAGGUCCGUCCAGGGGUGACCAGCAUCAUAUCCCCCUUGGGUAGUACAGUAUUGCUGCGUUGUGGAGCAACUGGGAUCCCAGGACCUGAGAUGAGCUGGAGGAGAGCCAACGGACGCCCACUCAAUGGUACAGUGCACCAGGAAGUCUCCAGUGAUGGCUCAAGUUGGACUUCGCUGGAUCUGCCUGUUGUGUCUCUCUUUGACUCUGGAGACUACAUCUGCCAGGCCAAGAACUUCCUAGGGGCUUCUGAAACACUUAUCUCCUUGAUUGUCACAGAGCCCCACACCUCAACAGAAUAUAAUGGGGUGCCAGGUGUCCUGUGGGCAAGGACAGGGGAGGGAGCAGAAGCUGCUGCUUACAACAAUAAGCUGGUGGCCAGGCACGUUCCCCAUAUUCCCGAGCAUGGAGUCCUGGCCACCAAGCCCCCAGUGCCCAGCAUCAAAGAGGAGCUGGCCCUCCAGCACUUUCAGAUGGAUGUCCCAGGAGAGUUCUCCAGAGAGCCAUCAGAACACCAGGAGGCACAGGUGGUUAGGUCCCUAAAGGUGGUGGGAGAUACUUACCACAGUGUGUCCUUGGUGUGGAAGGCCCCUCAAGCUGGGAACACAACUGCCUUUAGUGUCCUUUAUGCAGUCUUUGGGCAGCAUGACAUGCGAAGGAUGAUUGUGGAGCCUGGGAAGACUAGCGUCACCAUCGAGGGACUUGCUCCAAAGACCAAGUAUGUGGCGUGUGUCUGUGUGCGAGGCCUGGUGCCUAAGAAGGAACAGUGUGUCAUCUUCUCCACUGAUGAGGUAGUGGAUGCAGAAGGCACACAGCGGCUCAUCAAUAUGGUGGUGAUCAGCGUGGCUGCCAUCAUCGCGCUGCCCCCCACCCUGCUGGUUUGCUGUGGGGCUCUCCAGAGACGCUGCCACAAGUGCCGCACUCGGGGCUCUGCAGAGGCAUCUGGUGCCUACUUUAAUUUGGAAAGACUGGGCCACAGUGAGGAUGGUUCAGAGGAGCUGUCCAGAAGCAGCCUCAGUGAGGCAGACAGGCUUCUCUCAGCACGAUCCAGCGUGGACUCCCAGAUUUGGGGAGUCAGGGGUGGCAAACGUAUCAAUGAGUACUUUUGCUGA